AUGGUGGUGAUAGGCCACUCAGGCGAGCGGCCGUUCACCUGCCCGCUGUGCUCGCGCGCCUUCGCCAAGUCGAGCGACCUGGCCACGCACCGCCGCCGCCACGCCGGCGACCGCCGCCACCGCUGUGAGCUGUGCGCGCAGAGCUUCUUCUUCCCCCACGAGCUGGCGCGCCACCGGCACCGGCACACGGACACCCGCCCCUACCUGUGCCCCACGUGCGGGGCCGGCUUCUUCAGCCGGGCGUUCGCGUGCCCGCGCAGCCUGCGCCGGCACGUGCGCAGCCACCAGGCGGCGCGCGCGUACAUGUGCGAGGAGUGCGGCGUGACGUACGCCUCGAGCACGGCGCUGCGCUUCCACACGCGCCGCCAGCACAGCGGCGAGCGGCCCUUCCAGUGCGAGGUGUGCGGCCGCCAGUUCAUCACGCGCUCUGUGUGGCUGCGCCACCUGCGCGUGCACACGGGCGAGGCGCCGUUCCGCUGUCAGUUCUGCGCCACGCCGUACAAGGACAAGCAGAAGCUGAAGCGCCACUACCUCAACAAGCACACGGCUGAGACCCGCCGGCUCGGCGCCGCCAACCUCAGCUACGCGGCGGCGGCGGGCAUGCUGUACGAGGCGCAGUCGGCACUCUUCAGCUACUUCUAG